UUAUGACGUGUCAUAUUCAGGUGUGUAGCCCACUCUUUUGAGUUCCAUUCGUAAAACUUGUAUUACAAAAAGCUACUGUGAAGAUGACGUCUUGAGAAGUAAAUGGUAGGAAUAUCACAUAAGUAAAUUACUCCCUCAUUUUGCUGAAAAAAAGUUUGACCCUGAAAGUAACUGGAUUUAAAUGAACACAGCGAGCAGGUAUAAGACAGAGGGCACUGAAAGUUAAGUGUAGUGGACGCAGCCAUCGCCAUGAAGACGUGGACAGUUAUAUUUUGUUUUCUUAAUACGGUCCAGGCAGUUUGUAGCCUGAGCCAGCUGAGAUGGUGUACAACCUCAGAUCUAGAAAUGAGAAAAUGCCAAGACAUGAUGAAGGCUUUCCGUGAUGCUAAUAUCAAACCUGCCCUGGAGUGUGUGGAUGGGGGCUCCUCAGAAAACUGUGCACUCUCCAUUUCGACUAACAUGGCAGACGCAGUGACACUGGAUGGAGGAUUUAUUUAUGAAGCUGGGAAGAAGUUUAACCUCAAACCUGUGACUGGAGAACUGUAUGAUGAAGUAUCACAAGGCACCUAUUUAGCUGUGGCUGUGGUCAGAAAGAACAAUACUGAAAUCAACAUGAACAACCUGAAAGGGAAGAAGUCCUGUCACACCGGGCUGAGCCGCACUGUAGGGUGGAACGUCCCUGUUGGGUAUCUCGUUGACAGUGGCAGGAUGUCUGUGAUGGACUGCAAUAUUCCACAGGCUGUGAGUGAGUUUUUCUCAGCCAGCUGUGUCCCUGGUGCUGGUGUUAGCGGCUACUCACCAUCCCUCUGCCAGUUGUGCAUAGGUGAUGAAAACGGGGGGACCAGAUGUGCGAAGAAUUCUCAGGAGGAGAGAUAUGCCGAUUAUAGUGGUGCUUUCAGGUGUUUGGCUGAAGGUGCUGGUGAUGUUGCUUUCGUCAAGCACACAACUGUGGCUGACAACACCAAUGGAGUAAAUCCAGCCGUGUGGGCCAAGGACCUGAAGUUAAAUGAUUUCGAGCUCCUGUGUCGCGAUGGAUCACGUGCUGCGAUUAACAGCUACGCAGGGUGCUACUUGGCUAAGGUUCCUGCCCAUGCAGUAGUUGUCAGACCUGACACUGAUGGUGCAGAGGUGUUCAGUAUGUUGCAGGCUGGGCAGAGGCAGUUUGGUAGCGAUCACAAUAUUGGCUUCAAGAUGUUUGACUCCUCUCUCUAUGGGGGUAAAGACCUUUUGUUCAAAGAUUCCACCAUUAGGCUGAUUGCUAUUGAAAAUCAGAGCUACCAGGACUGGCUGGGAGAAGAGUACCUACAUGCCCUGAGUGGGUUGGACUGCAGCCCCGACAGACUGCUGGAAUAUCUGCGAUGGUGCACGCUGUCCCAUGGUGAGCUGUUGAAAUGUUCCGAUAUGGCGAUGAGCUUUUCAAAAAAAAACCUGAAGCCUAAGGUUCAGUGUGUCUCAGGGACCUCUCCUGAAGACUGCAUGCAGAAAAUUAAGAAAAAGGAGGUUGAUGCAAUUACACUGGAUGGUGGGUUUAUUUACACUGCAGGAAAAACCUAUGGCCUUGUUCCAGCUGCCGGAGAGAGCUACGCUUACGAUGUCCAGGGAGGUACGUACUAUGCUGUGGCGGUUGUGAAGAGGUCCGGCCACGACAGAUUUACAUUCAGUGAACUGAAAGGAAGGAAGUCCUGCCACACCGGCUACCAGAGAACAGCUGGCUGGAAUAUUCCUAUUGCAACUCUCAUAGAGAAUGGGUUUAUAAGACCCGAUAACUGUGACUUCCCCAAAGCCACUGGGAGCUUCUUCAGUGCCAGUUGUGUGCCUGGAGCCAAUCAGCCAGGAUUUCCGUCCAGCCUGUGUGAACUUUGCAAGGGGGAUGCUAAUGGGAAUAAUAAGUGUGAACGCAGCAACAACGAGCUUUACUAUGGUUACAGUGGAGCUUUCAGGUGUCUGGCAGAAGGUGGCGGGGAUGUUGCCUUUGUGAAGCACACCACAGUCUUUGACAACACUGAUGGUAAAAACACUGAGUCCUGGGCCGCAGGCCUGCAGCACAUGGAUUUCGAGCUUCUGUGUCCAAAUGGAGUGCGUGCACCAGUGACUGAAUAUGCAAAGUGUAACUUAGCUGCAGUUCCUGCCCAUGCAGUCAUGGUCCACCCAGAAACGAACAUCUAUGCAGUGUAUGGACUCCUCAGUAAAGCCCAGGAUUUCUUUGGAAAUGACAGCAAUCCCAACGGAUUCAGCAUGUUCGAUUCUUCCAAGUAUCAAGGGACGGAUUUGAUCUUCAAAGAUUCAACGCUCCGCAUCACGGGAGUUGGGGAGAAAAAGACGUACGAUGAAUGGCUUGGGCAAGGCUAUAUGGCGUCUUUGAAAAUGCUGGAGUGUUCAGCCGCAGCUGUUUCCACCGCGUCAGUUGUCCUCGUCACUGCACUGAGUUUCUUCCUGACGUGUUACAGCAUUUAACCUACGACCCCACCAGGACUGACCGCUGGGAUCAAAAAAAAGAAAACCUCUCGCAGAUCAUCUCUAUUCCAAUUCCACCUGCUUGGUCUGAAUGUGUUUAAAACAUGGAUCAAGAGAAUUCAAGCUAAUCCAUACCUUUCUGGCAUGUAUAAUCCUGCUGUAAAAGCAAAAUGUAAAAUGCUGAAUUGUUAUACUUUUGGGGAGGAUCGCAUAAUGUAAAAUCCUUUAUUGUAGUUUAUGCGUUUUGGGGAAGGAGUGACAGGUAACUGAAACAAGUGAAUAAAGUUGGAUGCCAUUUAGAGGUAGUUGGCUUGAAUCGGUUACAUACUGUUGUUUACCCGCUUUUGCAGUGUAACACUGUAAAAGCCAUACCCGUGUGCUACAGUAUCAGGACCACUGUGCACUAUUUGUUCUCAUGCCUUUGUGUUACCAUCGUUGCUUAUUUUCACAGUAUGCAACUGUAAUUGUCCACCAACCUAUUCAAAUGGCUGCCUAAUUAAGAUCUUGCUGCGCCAAAGGCAUUCAUUUGUAUCAGUUAACAUUCACUCCCCCAUCCUCAGCUCUCCUUCUCUUUCAUUAAAAACUGAUAAGCAUCAAGCAAGGCUUUAGUUCUUAUGGAGAUGACCUGAACUCAAACAUGCUGCAGCCCUACACUCAGAAGACCUUUUAGUUGGUGCGUGUGAGUUGGGACCAUCCCUAAUGCUACCUAUUCUUAUUGCUUAUUGUUUAUUUCAGUCUUAGCCUGUUAGACCCACUUUAUUACGAAAGCUAUGUUUAUUUCUUCUUUGAAGACAGCUGCCAUAUCAGUGUGUAGUACUGCCUGUUGCACUAUCAUGUUCCUUUAAUAUUUAAAGGCAAGUGCCAUAUCAGUAUGCAUUGCCUGUUACAUAGUCUGCACCUCCCUUUAGGGUUUCUAAAGGCAAGUGCCAUAUCAGUGAGUAUGCAUUGCCUGUGACGUUAGUUUUUUUUUUCUUUUAAGCUAUUUGAUGACACGUGCCAUAUCAGGGUAUAUGCAGUGUCUCGCACUUUGUAGCCUGUAACUCCAUAAGAUAAUGCCAUAUCAGUGAAUAUGCAUUACAGUAUUAUUCUUCCUGCCUUCAUGAUCACUUACCCACUAUAGGAACAGAUGCUACCUGUGGCUUUUCCUAAAACAAUGGUGUGUUCUCCCCAAGCGCCAAGAAUAAUGCAGUUCAAUUAAAGACUAUGUAGCUUCAAAUUACUUUUUCAUCUACCUGACUUCAGGAGGUGCUCUUCAGUUCUAGUUGUUUGCUGUAGGCAUACGCUACAAAAGAAACCUUCAAAAAUCGCUUAUACUGUUUGCCAGUGGCUCUUACUGUACCUCUUUUUGCAAUAUGUGUGUAACUGUAAUAAGAACAACACAGCAUGAUUAUAAAAAAUUAACUCUUUAACGUUAGUUUUUUUAAUGGCUACUGAAGAUUAAAUCAAAAUUAAUUCUAAUAUGCUAAAUUUGAAUUAUUUGUUUGCAUAGAUCUUUCAUUUAAGCCCCUUUUCCAAAAUCUACAGUGACACAGAACAUUCAGACUAAGCAGCAUUUACAUUCAGGCUUGGGUAGAAUACUGCAUUCUGACACAAACAUUGUGAAAAAGUGAUUUGUAGUUUUUGCAGAGCAUCAACAACAGUGUAAUGCAAUUGUAUGAUGUACCAUUAAAGAGAACUGUCAGUGUAUGACACCUAAAGCUUUUAGCCAUUGCUUAUACUGCUAAAGCAUAGUGUUCACUGUAUGCUUGUCUACUGUACUUAAGUGCUAUUUGUAAAUCUAAUCAUUGAGUGCUUUAGUGCUUAGGCACGUUUUAUUGUCUUAUGCUUUAGUAUAAGGUGCUCAGAUACCAUGUCAGUGUAUAUGUGCUGAACAGCUACUUUAUUUUAUAUGACUGAGAUCCAUAUAGAUUUGUACAAUGAUGACCUAUAUUUUUGUUACUAAUAUUUAGUUGCCAGGCCUGUGCGUCUGCUUUAGUAUAGCUACAUAUUGCAUGUAAUUUGUUAAUUAAGACGAAUAAAAAACUAAUUUUGAACCUACAAUAAAUGCAUUUCUACAGUAACCCGU